GGGGAUGACGGAUCGGCGCGUGGCGGAGAAGUGCCACUGGGCGUAGCCAUCUCCACAUGACGGAGCGCUCUUCUCGCGCGCAUAGUUGAAGGUGAUGGAGUGUCCCAGGAUACAAAAUGCGCAUAAAUGCGUAUGCUAUUAGGUCGUAACGCGUUAUUGAAUACAACUGGUGGCUGAGUAAGGAGCGCAGAAGAAGGUACUUACGCGUUACAGUUUGCCUCAUAACGACGAAGCUUCCGUUGGGGGCUGUUGGAGCUGAGCUCUUCUCAGGCUUACUGAGCGGAUUCCCGAAUGGAAACAACCAUGUUCGGAACGAUGCAUGCAGCCUGGGGUUUAGGAACGCUGCUUACCUUCUUUUUCUCGUUACAAGUGGCUCAUGCACAGACGGGACUGCAGCUGACGCUACCGGCCAAAGUCAACGCCAUUGCCGGGGAGGAUGUCGUCAUCCCGGCAACUUACACCACCACCAGGCAGCUGAACCUGAUCGAGUGGAUCAAACGAGACGACGACCAGAAGGCUACACAAGUUUACACCUAUAACCCCUUGUUAGGAAACUCCAAGUCCUACGGACAGUUUGCCGGCAGAGCGCGUAUCGAGGAUCAGGCGUCCCUGAGGAUCAUGAGGGCGACUUCCAGCGACGCCGGCAGAUACUUCCUGAAGAUCAUGACGGAUGAUCUGGGAACUGAGGAGGCGAUCACUGAGCUCGUGGUGUUAGUCCCACCGGAAGUAAAAGUCGGUCCCCCGGGUCCACUUGUCAUCACAUCUGGUAAAAGCGUCACCCUGAAGUGCACCGUCUUCAACGGGAGACCCAACAACAUCACGUCCCUGUGGUGGGAAAAGGACAACAUGCCGAUAGAACACCUGAGGCUAGACGGGAUGAAGUACUCCGGCGGGUCCAUGAAGGUGCCGGCUCUGGUCGUGCGAUUUGUGGACAGGAUGGACGCCGGGAGGUACACGUGCGUGGUCCGACACCCGGCCUCCUCACGCCCCCUCAAAGCCAGUCUGACCCUGAAAGUUCUGUAUCCCCCGAGUGUGACGCGCAUCUCAGAGUCUCUGAUCGCCGAAGCGGAUGACAUGCUCACCCUGGAGUGUAUCGCCGACGGCUACCCCCUCCCUAACGUCACAUGGACCAGAGACGGCGUCCGUCUACCCUGCAAGCCGCAGAACCUGCCCCACAACUUGCGGGCCUGCUCACAAAUCUUCGAGGUCCUUAGAAUGAACGACACGGGAUCUUACAAGUGCUCAGCUACAAACGGCAUUGGUGAUGGCGACUCUAAGGCCCUAUUUGUGACAGUCAGACCGCCGACGAAAGGGCUGGACAUGUUUACGAUCGCCAUCGCCACUGGAGUGUUGGUGGGGUGUCUGUGGCUGGGCCUGUGUCUGGUCCUCCUGGGCUGCUACAUCAGGAAGCGACAACACGAGAAGGAAAGGAACAAGUUUGCGUUCUACUACAACCUCAUCGGUAGGGGUGAGGGCGCCAUUGAAGACAAGACUGCAGCGGCAGCAUCUACCACAGACGGCCCCAAACCACCAGACAAACCGAAGAUGUCUCCAUUGAAUACAGGGAUAGGAACCCUUCGGAAAAACAAGAAAGGCCAAGACAGACGGUUUGCAAGGGUUCUGUACCCGUACUCCCCGACAGACGAGAACGAGCUGCAGCUCGACAUUGAUGACGUCAUCGAGGUGCUGGAGGGAGAAAAUGGCGGCUGGUGCCUGGGGUACCUGAAGGGAAGGAUAGGCCUGUUCCCUUCAAACUACGCCGUGUUUCUGCCGACAACAGAGGCUAAAAAGGCAGUGGCAGCACAGCUUACAAACAUUGAAGGGAAGGGCAAGCUGAGCAUCUAACAUCCAGGGGGAAGCAGGAAGAGUACUCGAGUACGUCCGUCACGAUGCAUGAAAACGUCCCACUCCAUCAUUCCUACAGCAAAGAUGUACGAGAAUCACCCGAGCGGCAUUAGACAGGAUGGAAUGGGAGUCGCUUAAGGAAUACCCGUUGUAAAUGUGUAAUAAAGUGGGGCUGUUCUAUUGUUUGACGUACUAAUGGCAAAUAAUCCAUGACAUUAAGAAGUACUAAUUCAGUAGUAUGUUCAAUAAAAUGGGCUGUACAGAUCGAUGUAGGCUCGGCCGGCAGCGAUAUCCGCUGAGAAAUGUCUACAGUUUCCACAUCUAUAUCACACUAAGAUGUCCAUAAUGCAGUGCCACAUCGAUGUACGGAUUUUAUCUUUCCACAUGCCAUAAAAGAAAGUCCAGGCAUAAAUCUGAAAGUAACAUAGCAAUAUGAGGUGACGUGAUAUUGUCAUGAGGGUUUUAUUAUACUUACAAUGUUACAUGAAGAACGGCUGGCAAAUGAUACUGUAGUCGUGUACGUAUGCAGGUACAUGUACAUCAUUGUACGUGGCAGUAAACUGACGAAAUUUAAAGGCCAUCUUGUUCUUCUGUAUACGUAGUGUAGCGCGUUGUGUGAAUGCAGUUGUAAAUAUGUUCCCUCGCUCUUUCCAGUUUCUACUCAACUUGCCCAGCAAAAACGUGAUGACAUUUAUUGACUUUUUGACUAUACGUUAAGAACUAGCAUUGAAAAUGACUGGUGACUGUAAAAUACUGUUGUUGUUCAAUAACAGAAAAAAGGGGCAGUUUUUGUAACCCGUGUACCGCUUAACCUGUUUGAUAGUAACA